AUGCCCAAGCUGACUUUAAUGGCGAUGACUCAUAGGAUCGUAGAUAAUGAUGACAUGAUGCUGAUAAUGAUAGAGAGAAAUGCGGAAGACGCGAUCGAAGCACUGAAAGAGUACGAGCCUGAAAUAGCUAAGGUCAUCAGGAAGAACAACAAAACCGUUCAAAGAAUAAAAGCCCGGGAACUCGUGCCAGGCGAUGUUGUUGAUGUUUCUGUUGGUGACAAAGUCCCAGCAGACAUAAGAAUCACCAAAAUCUUCUCAACGACUCUUCGUGUUGAUCAGGCCAUUCUUACUGGUGAGAGUGUGUCCGUACUGAAGCACACGGAUUCCAUUCCGGAUCCCAGAGCUGUCAACCAGGAUAAGAAGAAUAUCCUCUUCUCCGGUACGAACAUCGCAGCCGGUAAAUGUCGAGGAAUCGUCAUUGGCACCGGUCUCAAUACGGAAAUCGGAAAAAUUAGAACUGAGAUGAGUGAAACUGAAUCAGAAAAGACACCUCUGCAACAAAAACUGGAUGAAUUCGGUCAGCAACUAUCCAAGGUCAUUACACUGGUAUGCAUUGCAGUCUGGGCCAUCAACAUCGGGCAUUUCAACGACCCCGCUCACGGCGGUUCAUGGAUGAAGGGAGCCGUCUACUACUUCAAAAUCGCAGUGGCCUUGGCAGUGGCGGCUAUCCCCGAAGGCCUACCCGCGGUCAUCACCACCUGCCUUGCCCUGGGUACCAGAAGAAUGGCCAAGAAAAAUGCAAUAGUGCGCAGUCUGCCAUCUGUCGAGACUCUUGGAUGUACGUCAGUCAUCUGCUCGGACAAAACCGGAACUUUAACAACCAAUCAGAUGUCUGUUUGCAGGCUUUUCAUUUUUGACAAAGCCCAAGAGACAAACAUAUCAACACAUCAGUUUGAAAUCUCUGGUUCAACAUACGCACCCGAAGGCGAAAUAUAUUUGGAAGGCAAGCAGGUAAAGGCGUCGGAUUUUGAUGCAUUGCAAGAGCUUUCAACCAUCUGCUCCAUGUGCAAUGACUCCAGCGUUGACUACAACGAGGCCAAAAAUAUCUACGAAAAAGUUGGUGAGGCAACAGAAACAGCUCUGACAGUUCUUGUGGAAAAAAUGAAUCCACUGAAUGUCAACAAAGCUGGUUUGAAGCCGAAGGAAAUGGGCACUGUGUGCAAUCAAGGAAUUCAGAACUUGUGGCGCAAGGAGUUUACAUUGGAAUUUUCAAGAGAUCGUAAAAGUAUGAGCAGUUAUUGCGUACCGCUGAAACCAACCAAACUGGCGCCUGGUCCAAAAAUGUUUGUCAAGGGGGCCCCAGAAGGCGUAUUAGACAGGUGCACGUACGUCAGAGUAGGUACUGAGAAGGUGCCAAUGACAGCCCAGUUGAAAGCAGAAAUUUACAAACACGUCCGUUUCUAUGGCACGGGAAGGGACACCCUCCGUUGUUUGGCCCUGGCCACCAUCGACAACCCCCCUAAAAAAGAAGAGAUGAAUCUGGAAGAUUCAACUAAAUUCGUACAAUAUGAAACCAACUGUACAUUCGUUGGAGUAGUCGGUAUGUUGGAUCCGCCGAGAACUGAAGUAAUUGAUGCCAUAAAGAACUGCAGACUCGCCGGUAUCCGUGUUAUCGUCAUCACCGGUGAUAACAAGGCAACAGCAGAGGCCAUCUGCAGAAGAAUCGGAGUUUUCAGUGAAUCAGAAAGUACUGAAGGAAAAGCGUACACCGGCAGAGAAUUUGACGACUUGCCUCCUGUCGAACAAGCAAGAGCUGUCAGAAAUGCUCGACUAUUCGCCCGAGUAGAACCGGCACACAAGAGCAAAAUUGUCGAAUACUUGCAAGCCGAUGGUGAAAUUUCCGCGAUGACGGGUGACGGUGUAAAUGACGCACCUGCCCUGAAGAAAGCCGAAAUCGGUAUCGCCAUGGGCUCGGGUACUGCGGUUGCCAAAUCGGCUUCGGAAAUGGUACUCGCUGACGAUAACUUCUCGACGAUUGUGGCUGCUGUGGAGGAGGGCAGAGCUAUCUACAACAACAUGAAGCAGUUCAUUCGCUACCUCAUCUCUUCCAAUAUUGGAGAGGUCGUAUGCAUCUUUUUAACAGCCGCUCUUGGCAUGCCCGAAGCUUUGAUCCCUGUCCAACUCCUGUGGGUUAACUUGGUCACAGAUGGUCUGCCGGCCACAGCCUUAGGAUUCAACCCGCCAGAUUUGGAUAUCAUGAACAAGCCACCGAGAAAUUCGAAGGAACCUUUGAUUAGUAACUGGUUGUUCUUCCGUUAUAUGGCAAUUGGUGGUUACGUCGGUGCAGCGACUGUCGGAGCUGCCGUCUGGUGGUUCACUAUGUGCGACACUGGACCGCAAUUGAAUUUCUACCAACUGACUCAUCACAUGCAAUGCCUCGUUCAAGAUGAGAGGUUCAAGGGGGUGGAUUGCGAAAUUUUCGAGAACCCCAAACCAAAAACCAUGGCUCUUUCAGUACUAGUCGUUAUCGAGAUCUUCAACGCUCUUAACAGCAUAUCUGAAAAUCAGAGUUUGUUAGUAAUGCCUCCCUGGUACAACAUGUGGCUCAUGGGCGCCAUAGUAAUCUCCAUGUCACUGCACUUCCUCAUAUUGGAAGUUGAUUUCUUGGCGACUGUCUUCCAGAUAACACCCUUAACAGUAUCUGAAUGGAUUGCAGUGUUAAAAAUAUCCUUCCCUGUGAUUGUCAUUGAUGAAGUUCUCAAGUUUGUGGCCAGGAAAUUAGAAGCAUCGGCACCGAACCCACUAGAAGCAGUCGCAGCAGAAGAAAAAUCCAAAAAGAAAUAGAAUGAAAAAAGAAAGAAAGCUAAAUUUAACAAUAAAAAGUGGAAAAGAGAGAAAGAGAGAGAGAGAGAGAGAGAGAGAGAGAGAGAGAGAGAGAGAGAAGACGACGUAAAAAUCCCUGCCUUAAAUUUUCAAAUUUUUUCGUUUCGUGAUGAAUAAUUAUAGCUAAUUAAUAGUUGCGUAAUGUCGUAUAAAAAUUUUAAUGUUCUCAUUUUUAUUUAUUAUUUGUACUAAUUGUUAAAAUAUUUUAUUAUUAUAAUUAGAAAUUAUUUCGAUCUUUUGUUAGUAUUUGGGUGAGAAUAUUUAUUUGAUAAACUUUUUUUUUGUGAACAACUCGAUGUAGUUGUUCACAUUCUUCUCAUGUUAAUGAUCUCGACUUUUGUAAAAGUAAGCACACCUAUAGACACAUUUAUACACAUUCACACACACACACCACACACAUACACACACACACUCACUAACACACACACACACAAACACUCACACAAACACACGGACAUCCAUCCCUCUCAACAACUCAAGCCAUGUCUUAAUCACAAUUGCCAUAUUUAAUAACAUAUAUAUAUAUUAUUUGUUUAUUUAUUUUUAUUUAUAAUUAAUAAUAAUUAAAUAUUUAAGAGUAAUAAUUAUUUUCAAAUCAUAAAGUUAAAUUUCACUAUGAUAGUGAUGUUUGUAUGUAGCGAUGUGUAGGUUUCAAAGGUACGCGUUCGAACUUUUUAUAAAUACCCCUAAAAAAAUUUUUCACCAUUAGUGAUAAUUAUCAUAAUUUCAUAAUAACUUAAUCAUAAUAAUAAUUAUUAUUGUUAUUGUUGUUAUAAUUAGAUCUGGAUAACUUUAUUCUUUCAUUUCUUUCUUUCAUUCUUUCGUGGUUUUUUUUCUGAGAGUGUUGAUUACUAAGUAUACAAUUAAAUUUAUAUUAAAUAGAUAUACAACCGACAA